AUGCAGACUGCUUCUACAAACAUCUGUGAAAGACUGUGCAAUCAAUCCAUCUUUGAAAUUUCCUUGCUACUAAAUAUUCCACGGUAAAUUUUUGGUGGUAUUAUAACAAAGUGGAAGCAACUGGGAACAACAACAACUCAGCCACAAAGUGGUAGGCCACAUAAAAUGGCAGAACAGGGUCAGUGCAUGUUAAAGCACACGGUGCGCAGAAGUCACCAACUAUCUGCAAAGUCAAUAGCUAAAGACCUCCAAACUUCGUGUGGCCUUCAGAUUAGCACAACAAGAGUGUGUAGAGAGCUUCAUGGAAUGAGUUUCCAAGACUGAACAGCUGCAUCCAAG